CUGCUAUGUUCCUCUGAGAUGCUGAGGACAGUAAAGACGGAACAGUUGAUUCAAAAGAUGCAACAGCGUUGUCAGAUAGAGACCGACUAUAGUGAAAUUUACUUUCAUGUCUCGAGAACUCAGUUAUAAAAAAACUCAAAGGUUAUCAGAAAGUGGCUCCUUCCACCUACCCCAGACUCUGAUCUAUAAGAACGGCUUUGCUUUGCCUCGUCGCCCAUCCGCUGGCAUUGGUCAGGAGCCUCUAGUAUCAGAGCAGCUGUCCCUACAGGAGAUCAGUGAGCUGUCCUUUGAGAAACCAGACCUUACAUAUCACUUUGAUGACAAGACAGUAUACGAAGACUUCAUCCCAGCUUAUGUGAAAUUCGACAAGAAGGUUGAACCUAGAAAAUCCGAUAUGAUCAUUUAUCCAUAAAAUGUAAAUGGCCGUUGACAACCAUCUGCUUGUAUUCUAGGUACUUUGUUUCUUUGCAUACUUCUUGGAGGAUGCCUGGAAUUCACCUGACGAGGAUCACCGUAUACGCCCUAUGGUCAUUUAUUACUAUCUCGAGGAUGACAGCAUGUGCAUCUGGGAGUCCGCAGUGAUGAACUCUGGGAUAUCACAGGGGAAGCGGCUCAAACACCAUCGGGUGCCAAAGAAUGACCGUGGAGACUAUUACCACUGGAAAGACUUCAACCUUGGUAUAGACCUGGAAGUGUAUGGAUACAAGUACCAUCUUACUCACUGUGAUACAUUCACAAAGGACUUCAUGGAACAUGAGGGUAUAGUUCUGAAUGAGCCUGAGCCGAUGCCUGAGGAUCCUUACAUCAAACAUGAUCAACUCUCACCACCGCCUCGUAUCACUUCACCCACACACGACAUAACUUGCCAGUUUCUUACCAUGGACCCAAGGGCGUCAGUUUGCUUUCAGAAUUGCUGGGGACAAUAACCAUACACUUGAGUGGGGUUUAAAAAUUGCUGGGGACAAUAAAGUAGGCUAGCAAAGGGGUCGGCGGCUCUGGAGCCGCAUGCGGCUCUUCCAUCCAUCUGAUGCGCUCUCUGUGCUUGUAAAAUAAUGAAUGGAUGUUUAAAUAAAAAGCUUUAUAUUUUACUGCAUUAAUUUUACAUCUGUAUGCCAAUUCUAAAUGUAAAGAUUGUCUGCGUAAACCUGAACAGGUCCAACCCGGUCUUACUGUGAACCGGGUUGACGCGUCACGCUUGUGCGUAAUCAUAUCGGCGCAUUCUGAGCUGGAGGAUGUCAGAUUCUGGGCUUCUCCUCAGACAGGUUCCUGGAUGCGUCGCCACAUUGGAGACAGGAACAAGCACUAUUCAGCCAAAGUUUCAUAAUCAGGUGUGGCAGUGUGUGUCCUGUCACAGUGUCCCGAUAGAUAAUGCGCCCUGGCUACUUGGCCAAGGGUUUGUACCUUUGGCUGACUGGUUAGAGCGUAUGACUCUCACCCGGGAGUCUACCGCGGUCAAGUGAGCCGACAAUUGUGAGCCGCGGUCAAGCCAGCCGCAUCUUAUCCGCCGCGAAAAUUUCAUUGCGCGUUUACAACGGUCUUUGCGGUACGGCAUUUUGAACAGGGAACUGCCCAACUCGUGACAGUCUGGUUGCAUAUUCAAAAAUUCAUAAAAAAUCAUCCUUCAUAGCUGAUGUACAAGUUUCACCACAUUAUGAUUCUGGGACACCCACUGUACCUGUGUGCCACAUUUCAGACAGAUUUACUGUAGAAAUCCUCAGAUAUUACAGCAAACUUGUAU